CUGCCACGUUGGACUGAGGGCCGAGGGGCUGAGGCGCCGGCGGGAGCGGGACGAGGAAGAGGAGGGCGCCAGGAUGAAGUUGAAAGAAAUUGAUCGUACCGCUAUGCAGGCAUGGAGUCCUGCCCAGCAUCAUCCCAUUUACCUGGCUACAGGUACAUCUGCUCAGCAGUUGGAUGCCACUUUUAGUACUAAUGCUUCGCUGGAGAUAUUUGAAUUAGACUUAUCAGAUCCAUCGUUGGAUAUGAAGUCCUGUGCUAUUCACUCCUCCUCCCACAGGUAUCACAAGCUGAUUUGGGGGCCUCAUAAAAUGGAUUCAGAUGGAAAUCUUUCAGGAGUUCUAAUUGCAGGUGGUGAAAAUGGCAAUAUCAUUCUGUAUGAUCCUGCUAAAAUCCUAGCUGGAGACGGUGAGGUUGUGAUGGCCCAGAACGACAAGCACACUGGACCAGUGAGAGCUCUGGAUGUGAAUAUUUUCCAGACGAAUCUUGUAGCCUCCGGUGCCAAUGAGUCCGAAAUCUACAUUUGGGAUUUAAACAAUUUUGGGACCCCAAUGACACCUGGAGCCAAGACACAGCCUCCAGAAGAUAUUAGCUGCAUUGCAUGGAACCGGCAAGUUCAACAUAUUUUAGCGUCAGCCAGUCCUAGUGGUCGUGCAACCGUAUGGGACCUUAGAAAGAAUGAACCCAUCAUCAAAGUUAGUGACCAUAGUAAUAGGAUGCAUUGUUCAGGACUGGCGUGGCACCCUGAUGUUGCCACUCAGAUGGUUCUUGCCUCUGAAGACGACAGGCUGCCCGUGAUCCAGAUGUGGGACCUUCGUUUUGCUUCUUCUCCUCUUCGUGUCCUGGAGAAUCAUGCAAGGGGCAUUUUGGCUAUUGCUUGGAGCAUGGCAGAUCCUGAGCUGCUGCUAAGCUGCGGAAAAGAUGCUAAAAUUCUCUGCUGCAACCCAAACACAGGAGAGAUGCUGUAUGAGCUCCCUACACAUACACAGUGGUGUUUCGACAUUCAGUGGUGCCCCAGAAACCCAGCUGUCCUCUCGGCUGCUUCCUUUGAUGGACAUAUUAGCAUUUAUUCCAUUAUGGGAGGGAGCACAGAUGGCUUACGGCAGAAACAUGCUGACAAGCUUUCAUCAUCUUUUGGAAGUCUCGAUCCCUUUGGCACAGGACAGCCCCUUCCCCCACUGCAGCUUCCACAGCCGACAACCUCACCGAGCACCCUUCUGCCAUUGAAGAAACCUCCCAAAUGGAUCCGCAGGCCUCUUGGAGCUUCCUUUUCAUUUGGAGGCAAGUUGGUUACAUUUGAGAACCUCAAAAUGCAGCAGCAUCAGGGAGUUGAGCAGCAACAGCAGCACCACGUCUACAUCAGUCAAGUUGUCACAGAAAAGGAGUUCCUCAGUCGUUCAGAUCAACUGCAACAAGCUGUUCAGACCUUAGGGUUUGUCAGUUACUGUCAGAAAAAAAUUGAAAGUUCCCCAACAGAUUUUGAGAAAAACGUGUGGUCUUUUUUGAAGGUGAAUUUUGAAGAUGAUUGCCGCCACAAAUACCUUGAACUUCUGGGAUACAGAAAAGAUGACCUAGGACAGAAGAUUGCCUCAGUUCUGGAUAAAGAAGACGCAUCUGUGGAGAGUCACAAAGAUUCUGAGCAAAAUGAUGGGGAAGACAGCCUUCCUAUGGAAGAGCAGAGCUGCAGAGAAAGGGAGAAAGAGACUGAAAGUCCACUCAUGGCAGAAGGAACCUUUAAUAUCUCUGUCAAUGAAGAUUUAGAUGGCUUAAUUACCCAGGCUUUGUUGACUGGAAAUUUUGAAAGUGCCGUUGACCUUUGUUUACGAGAUAAUCGUAUGGCUGAUGCCAUUAUAUUGGCUAUAGCAGGAGGACAAGAGCUCCUUGCUCAGACCCAGAAAAAGUACUUUGCAAGAACUCAAAGCAAAAUGACCAGGCUGAUCACUGCAGUGGUGUUGAAGAACUGGAAGGAAAUUGUGCAAUCCUGUGCCCUAAUGAAUUGGAGAGAAGCUUUGGCUGCAGUAUUAACUUAUGCUAGCCCAGAUGAAUUUGCCCCUCUCUGUGAUAUGCUGGGGUCCAGACUGGAAAAUGAGGGAGAUGGCCUCCUGCAGCCUCAAGCAUGCCUGUGUUACAUUUGUGCUGGAAAUGUGGAAAAGCUGGUUGCAUGUUGGACUAAAGCUCAGGAUGGAAGCAGCUCCUUGGCCCUGCAGGAUCUGAUUGAAAAGGUGGUCAUUCUACGGAAGGCCGUUCAGCUUUCCCAAGAUAAGGAUACUAAUGCCAUAGGGGCACUUUUGGCAGAGAAGAUGAGUCAGUAUGCCAAUUUGCUGGCUGCCCAAGGUAGUAUUACUGCUGCUUUGGCAUUCCUUCCUGCAAACACCGAUCAGCCAGAUAUUGUACAACUGCGAGAUCGUCUAUGUAGAGCCCAAGAAAAGCCAUCGCUGACCCAGGAAGCACCCAGAAACACCUAUGAGACACAAUUUUUGCCCAAAGGAAGAUCGGGUUCAACAGUUGGCCAAGUCCAAACACCCCAAGUUCCAGCUGCACAAUAUUAUCACCAGGUUAGAGUUGCCCCUACUGUCACUACCUGGAGUAACAAAACUCCUACUGCCCUUCCCAGCCAUCCACCUGCAGACCCUCCCUCUGCCACACAGGGAGACAACCCGCCUUCUCCAGGUUUCAUCAUGCAAGGAAAUGUUAAUCUUAAUGCAGUGCCACAGCAGUCUACGUCUCCUCCUUAUGGAUACCCGCAGUCUGGGGGCCGACCACCAUAUCCACAGCCUCAGCAUUAUCCACCAGCCCAGCCCUAUCAAUUUGGAACCGGGGGGCCCGCGAUGUAUCAACCCCAGCAACCAGUUGCUCCUCCUGCUUGCAGCACUUACCCUAACACCUCUUACAUGGCUUCUGCUUCUCAUCCUGGGCAGUCUCAGCUCUAUGCAGGACAGCACCAGGCCUCUCCGGCUACCUCCAACCCCAUUUCUUCCUUCUCUCCUUCCUCUUCUUCUGGAGCAUCCUUCCAGCAUGGCGGCCCAGGGGCUCCACCAUCAUCUUCAGCUUAUGCACUGCCCUCCGGACCAACAGGUACACUGCCUGCUGCCAGUGAGCUGCCUGCAUCCCAAAGAACAGAAGAUCUAUUUAUUGAAGACCAGGGAUCUAUUCUGAAAGGACCUCAGAAUGGCUGGAAUGAUCCUCCGGCUCUGAAUAGAAUUCCAAAGAAGAAGAAGGUGCCUGAAAAUUUCCUGCCACCUGUUCCCAUCACCUCGCCAAUCAUGAACCCCCUGGCUGACUCACACUCCCAGAUGCUGCAGCAACAGCAGCCCUCAGCUGCAUCAAUGCCAGCCCAGGCCACAUUCCCACCGUCACACCUUCCAGGAGGGGAGCCCGUUCUGCAAAACUCUUUUCAUGGGCUGCAGCAGCCCCUGGGCCAACCACUCAUGCCACCGUCUAUCUCCAAGUCUAACACAGAAGGUGCUCCAGGAGCACCGAUUGGAAACACCAUACAGCAGGUGCAGGCAUUGCCAACAGAGAAGAUUACCAAGAAACCUAUUCCAGAAGAGCACCUUAUUCUCAAGGCCACAUUCGAGGCCCUCAUCCAGAGAUGCCUCUCCUCCGCCACUGAUCCGCAAACCAAGAGGAAGUUAGAUGAUGCCAACAAACGCCUGGAGUUUCUCUACGAUAAGCUUAGGGAGCAAACACUUUCCCCUGCCAUCAUCAGUGGCUUACACAGCAUUGCCCGGAGCAUUGAAACCCGGAACUACCCCGAGGGACUCAACACCCACACCCAUAUAGUCAGCACCAGCAACUUCAGUGAGAUCUCUGCCUUCAUGCCUGUGCUUAAAGUUGUUCUCACUCAAGCCAACAAACUCGGAGUGUGAGGUACCGGGAGGGUUCCCAACCAGUCCUGCCAUUCUUCCAAGGAAACCUGUCUUCCCCCACCCUCCCAAAGUCUGAGAAACGGACCAAGCAUCAGGCCACACUAGCAUGCCUCAGUAGUGAUCAGCUGCCCUGGCAGAUAUACUCACCUUCAAGCAACCUCAGCCCUGGGUUGUUGGGGUUUUUUCCUCUUUUUAUUCUUUUAAUGCCCGUGACUAUUUCUCUCUUCUACAGAUCAGGUAUUUAAUAACGCACUCGCACACACAAAGCUACCAAAAUGAGCGUUAUAUUGAUAAAAGGGAUUUUUAAUAUCUUGCUGUGCUGUUUAAAAAACGAGCAUUUGGUUUAGCAUAAAGCUAGGCUUAACACGUUUUCUUUUUUCCUGACUCCCCUUCCCUUUCAUAUCAGUCAAAUUAAAAUAUAUAAUCCCGUU